AUGUACCGCUUUGUUGUGACUACUUUUCUUGCCCUACUUGCCUUGACGGCAUCGGCUAUCCCUGCCUUCCGCGGCUCCAAUCUAGGAGAUACCGUGUCAAUCUUCAGAACAAAGGCCUACCCCGACGGCCCCGAUCUCAUCCUCAACGGCACCGUCACCGAGGUCUACGCCCAGCUGAAGGAAAUCAACCCCAACUUCGACGAAGACUUCAAAGACGUCCGAACGGUGAUGGAUGAAAUCUCCACCACUGAUCUCUCCGACCCGGUCUCGGAACUUGAAACCCAUAUCCUUUCCAAGCGACACACGCUCAACUGCAUUUCGCACGAUGAGGCUGACGACGCCUCGGUUGACCAUAUUAGAGGAGGGAUUUCACAUCUCCGUAGUACCAAGGGGAAGCCUACGCUUGCUGCUGGGAAGUGUGAGCGUGUUAGUUGUGAAUGGGGGGAUGCGAUCCUUUGGUGUAAUGAUGCUCCCAAAACCCGGUCACUCCCGUCGUACAACAAUAUCGCCGACGGCGCGCAGACCAUCAUGGAUGGCUGCUACAAGCGCGGCGAAUCCCUUAGGGGGUUUGGUGGCUCUCUCAACCACCCCGACAAAUGGAGAGUUAUUGUCGAUGGCUACAAGUAUAGAGUUAACCUGGACUGGAAAUACAGAUAUAACUGUUAGAUAUAAUGGCACGGAUGAUCUAAUUUCAAUGUGGCGGAAAAGCCACAAGUCGCGUAUCCCGUAUCUCUCUCUAGGGGUACGAGAGUUCGGCAAGAAAUAUGAGCUGCAAUUUUGCUAUUUACUUACUUAUUUAUUUAUUUUGGGCAAGAC